GCAGUCAAAGCGGGUAAUAAUCUAAGCUCCAGGUAAAGUGCCAGAUCUGGUGGUUUCACUCGUACGUACUUUCUGAUCAGCAAUUGGUCCCGAAACCCUAAAAUGCGAACGAGAGGUGAUCCCGUUGGAAAGGACGAUAAAUCGAAGGAACGAAAUCCGGAAGAGCCAACCGCGGACGAGGACUAUUGGGCGCUCAGAGCUACAUGGGAACGCAAGUUCAAACGCGGAAAGAUUGAAGAACAAGUUUACGAGCGGAGCAUGGAUCGGAAGAGAUCCGUACAGUUCUGGGGCUUUUGCCAGAUUCCAGAUUUGGAGGGAGGACCGGAGGAGCGUGCCAUCAGUGCCAGGUACUGUACGAAAAGAUGAUGAUGAUGGUGGGAUCAGGUCAAAUCAUGUCCUCCUUGAGGAAGGGAGGGGAAACAUGUAUGGGAUGACGAUGGCACCCUUUGUCAACCUCUACAUGGGCAUAGGACGCUCAUGGGGUUUGUCCCAUUGGACUGCAUGGCGUUCGAAGCAUAAUCGCGGGCCACGUGGUCGAAUCCAGCUUCAUGGGAUGCGUGGAACUCAAACACCUACGUUAAAUAUGACCCCAUCCCCCGACACGAAAUCGCCACAUGUCCCGGAGCGAAGGACUCCGAUCUCCUUCCACAGGAACGCCCGCACGCAGUUAGCCUCGGCUGUCGUUGGCGUCGCCCCGCAGUUCCCACGCCGCAAGGCAGGAAGGAAGGAACGAAGGAAGGAAGUCCAGGACGAGAGCACGCAGUACGCUUAUGUCAAUGACGACGCGGUUACGGCGCGGUCUGGCUACCGGGGAGUUGCGUUGCGUAGUGACAUUCGCCAAGCACCACGCGGCUAUAUAUGGCGGCCUUUUCCUUCGCUCGUGGCGAUGCUGCACGUCAAUCGCCACGUAACAGGGCGCGAACUCGACGAUGCGAAAAAGCAGACCCACGUUGCCGAGCCCGAGCACGAGCACGAGCCGGACCGGUGGAAAAUGGCUCGCGCUCGAGGCCGACCCGGUUUGUUGGAUGUUUCAUCGCCAAUCCACAGAUAAGUGUCGUGGCUAGACUGCAUGAUCGUCGUGGCGAAAUCGGCUUCUCUCUCCCAAAGAGUUUCGCCACGUUCCUACAUCCCUCCCCCGGUCCACGGAGCGCUGUGCCGCUCGGUGCAGUGCCAAGGCAAGAUUCUCCUACGUGACGCCGGCCCACAUAGUUAGGUAUGGAGGGCAGGUUCAGCAGGGCGUGAGUCAGGCUUUCAGGUGGUCCGUUAUUAAGAACCUCGAUACUGCGCGCCGCCUGUUCAAUUGCAUGCACAACGUGUGCGUCUGUCUUCCUUCUCGGACUGCUGCUGCUGCUGCUUUGCUGCGCUCGAGAGAGAGAGAGAGAGAGAGAGAGAGAGAGAAAGAGAGAGACAGAGUUACGAGCUCGCCUUUUGUCCCAUGCCCUUCUCCGACCGUAAAAAGGAUUUUACUGUCGUUUGUAUGUUCGGGCCCUGGGCAUCGCUCCUCUUCCCCCGCAGUAAAAGAAGUCGCGCCACUCGAGGCCCAUUUACGUAGAUAACUGUCUUAACAUCGUACUCUGUGAACGCGAGCAUAUUACACUGCGGAGCCUCGGGAAUCUUGCGUCUUUUUGAAAAGGAAUAAAUCUGUUUAUCGCCCUGUUCGCAAGGAGGACCUCGCGCACAAAAUAAUAUGUUAUUUUUCCUGGCGAGAUGCAAACGAGUGCAUCAUCCGUCGCUCUGUUCAAUGUCCCUGCAUGAAUGCAUGAACAUGAGCGCGUAGACUCGGCCGCCCGGCACAUACUGCCCGUGCCCUUCACUUCGCCUUCACAUUUUGUAUUUCUUCAAAAGUCGUCUGGAACGUACCCGAAAAGACAUCAGAGUCAGACAUUGGGAUGUUGGAACCCCUUGGGCCCUAGUGAGUCCCCCAUCCCAUCUUGAUGCGACUUGGACCUUCGAGAAAAGUAUUGCCUGGUUCGCGAGGUAUCCUGUACCCGAUAAGACGUUCAUGUUUGUUGCCGUUCGUGGGUUCAGCACAGCGAUCGGAAACCACGCACGGCAACUGGUUUGCAAGAGACAUUCUUUCAGUGGACAGAUGCUGAACAUCGUGAAUGCCUUAAGCCAUUGAUCUCAGACUCAGAAGCCUACACGUUCAUAGAAACUCCCGUGUUCUAACGAGCAGUUGCCAUGAGCCAUCUCAUCUUUGAGAAAACGUUAGAUGUAGUAAAGGUGGCCCGAAAUCACCGACCCAUUUAAUGUAAUCAAUCGUGUUGAGCAGCCAAGCACCCUAGAAGCAAUCUACUUUGCACUGUGGUUAUUUGCUUGAUCCUCAUAAUAUCUUUACAUCUGC